AUGAAAAAGCCAAGCGCUCUUAACGAUUUAAAUAUCAUAUAUAUUUCUGGGAUUAAAGGCAAAGGCUCAACGUCUGCAUUUACACAGUCAAUCCUUUUGCAUCUCAACUCCUCAAAUGACAAGCAACACCAGCAACCGAUCAAAACUGGGUUGUUUACAUCACCUCAUUUGAUCACAAUCCGCGAGCGCAUAAGGAUCAACGGUGUGCCGAUCAGUGAAGAUCUUUUUGCAAAAUACAAUCAAGACGUUUGGCAGCGGCUCAAGAGUACUAUCAACGAUAGACACGAAGACUGGGCACUGCAAAUUCAGAAGGGAAUGGCAACUGAUGAUAGCAAUCCACUCGAGCUUUCGCCUGAAUUAUUAUUUUGCCCGGAGAUGCCUUCGUAUUUCAUAUAUAUGUUCUUAGUUGCGGUUCACGCAUUCCUGCAAGAGAAAGUCGACGUAGCCAUCAUCGAGGUGGGUGUCCGCGGAGAGCACGGUGUGGCCAAUAUCAUCGAAAAGCCCAUAGUGUGUGGUAUAACUGCACUUGGUAUUGACCAUGUCGAUGUACUCGGUCAUACCAUUGAGGAAAUCACGUGGGAUCAGGCUGGCAUCAUCAAACCCGAUACGCCCGUUGUCACGUUUGAGCAAAUCCCUCAAGCCAUGGCGAUUAUUCAACAGCGUGCACAAGAGAAAGGUUCAUUGGUAACAGUACUAUAUCCAAAAGAUAUCAAGCAGCUUGACGCCGUGACAUUGGGCUUGGAUGGUACCCACCAAAUGCAAAAUGCGCUGAUGGCAAUCGAAAUGUCCCGAAUUUGGCUAGAAAAAUGUCGCGGUACUUGUCUAGAUAAGAAUGCCGUUCCAGAAGAAUUUAAAGCCGGAUUAGCCCAGGUGGUAUGGCCAGGACGUGGUCAACGCGUGAAUGUCAAAGAUACUAGGUAUCGGUCCCAGGCCAAUCAAGUGAUCUUCUAUUUGGACGGUGCGCAUACAAUGGAAAGUAUCCAAGUUUGUGUCGACUGGUUCCAAGGCGCGCUGAAGAAAGACGAAGACAAUGAGCCUGUUAAGCGGAUAUUACUGUUCAACUGCACCAAUGGGCGGGACGGUACUCAACUGCUGGAAUUAAUCACGGAUAUUCAGUCAAAUGUGCAUUUUGAUCAUGUCAUGUUCAGCUGUAACACCGCAUUUCGACAGGAGCAUACUACAGCUUCAACGGACGAAUCUGUUUCUAUGCACGCCGCAAUGGUGGACAUGUGGAAAAAGCGAAAUCCUUCAUUCGACGCGAAGAAUAUUCAUCAAAUGCUACAAACUGCUGAAGACGCGGUAGAAUGGAUCAUCGACUACUCUAAAACGCAUAAGGAGAAGAUACAAGUUUUGACGACGGGUAGUCUAAUUUUAGUCGGCCAUGUGUUGGCGGUAUUGGGCAUUCCUGUACAAUAA